AUGGUAACCCGUGAUGCAGUUCUCACAAUAUUUGAGGAAUGUGACAGAGACAAUGAUGGUAUUGUUUGGCUCUCUGAGAUAAAACAACUUGCCCUUAGUUACUCUUCCAGCAAUGAGGACGAACUUGAAACUGACCAAGACGAGGAUGUCCCUCUCACAUUUGAAGAUUUCCUUGAAAAGUUUGCACCUCAACUCAAAGGACUGACCCCCGAACAACACAUUUGUAAUGGAGAGUUGGAAGAAGAGAGUAAAGACGGUCAACUGGAAAACUUCCCUAAUGAGAACGGAGGUCACGUGACCUUGAUAGAAACUGACUCUGGGAACAAGAACCUUAUGGAGAAUGUUAAGAUACUUGGGACGAGUAGCGGGGUAUCAGACUGCAGUAUAGAGCCCCCUCCAUCCCUGGGGGCGGGACCCCCCAAUGAAGCCGCCAACUUUGCUUUCUCUCCUGAGGAAGGGUUUGAGGGGUACGGUGAGGUGAGCAGUGAUGAGGAACUCCUUAUUGAGGACAAGGUAGAUCUCCUGAACAUAUCAGCAGUGGUUGAGUGUGACCUGCCUAGCCUCAGUCCUACCGGAUCCUUCCGAAGAAAGAACUCACCUUUCAGACUUUCGCAGCGCAGACUGAAAAGGAGCUCAGCACCAGUUAUUGUAAGCAAUCCAGACCCCACUGUUGAGGAAGAUCUCAGGCAGGAUAUAGAGGAUCUCUCUAAAAAGGUAGUCAGGUUGGAAACUGAUCUUGGAGAUAAGAAGAAUUUGAUUGAGAAAUUGAGGAAUGAAAAACUAGAAAUUCAUGAAAAAGUGCUACAUUUAGAAGAGAUUUACCGGGACCUCGACAUCUCUGCCAAGAAGUCAGAACGGACAAAAAACGAUGCUAUUCAAGAGUUAUCGGAAAAGUUUGAUGGAUUACGGGACUCAAUAGAAUCAGAGAGACACUCAUUUUCACUUCAACUCAGGAAAUAUGAGGAUGAAAUCAAACACUCGCAUGAGGUUAAAGACAAGCUGACAGAAGAGGUGGUACGGUUACGGGAAGUGUGGGCCGACAGUCAAGAACAGGAAGCAAUGUGGGAAACCAAAUACAACGAGAUGUUAGCUAUCUCGUCUCACCAGGAUCAUGAGAUUGAGCAGCUGCAGACUGCUAAUGAAAAGGGGCGUCUAUCUCAUACCAACGUGGCUAAAGAAUUACAGGACGAGAUACAUGCCCUGAACCAAGAAAUUGAGGAACUCAGCACCAGAAAACGAUCAGAUACUAUUAUAGGUCGACUGCAGGGAAAAGUUGACCGGAUUCAAGAGGAGAACGCUCACCUGAAAGAGAUGACGGAGGAGAUGUUGUCGAGUGACCACAACCCCGCACGAGCAACACCACUAGCGCUGGAGAUAGACUCUGCUUCUCAGGAGGAGAUAGUGAGCGCUUACACUGCCGUUCAGAAAGAUUACGGAGAACUCAGGUCGUACGUUGAUAAACUGCUGAUGAACAUUAUAGCUGAGGCCCCCCACCUGCUCUGUGUUGAUAACUCCUCUUGAGAAGAUAAGAGUGUGCAAACUGUAGCUCGACUCUCAUCGAGUCGAACACAAGAUGUUUUACUGACUUUUCUUAGAUACGGAGCUGUGAUUAUUGUGUCUUUUCGUUUCUACUGAAGGGAAUAACCGAGGACUGAAGGGAAUAACCGAGGACUGUUGUUAGGAGAUUCCAGCCUCGAUACCAAUGCUUGGUGCAACGUUUAUGUUCAUUGUCGCUGAAAUAUUUUUUAUCAAGGCCAAGUUUUUAAUUUAAAGUUACUGAUUGAUUCAAUUUAAUUCACCGGUCAAGUUUUGAUUACGGGAUUAGCAACUGAUAUCUUUACAGAAUUACGACCAGAAGUUGAAUCAAUUUAUUUUAUCGAGGGAUGUUAAACUUUAGAGCUUUAUCUAAUUUAUUUAUAAUAAACUCCACAGUUUUACGUUAUCAUUUCUUGGAUAUAAACGAGCCCGAUUAUCAUUUAUGUAAGCCCGGUUUGUUUUAUUAAACUAUCCGAAAUGUAAGAUUACAAGAUGAAUGCACGUUAAAUAUAAUUUUGUGGAUUUAAUUUAUUGAAGGGAUAAUCCAUACUCAUAGAUAACGCCCACCUUAGGUAUAACUGCACAAGACCACAUCAAAUAUAAGUUUGAACUUCCUCCUUCUGCGAUUUGACUGAAAUUGCAGGCGAUUUCAAAUUAUGUCUAGAGGAAAAUUAAUUAAUUAUAAAUUCAAAUGCAAAAAUAUAUUAAUAUCCGGUUUACAAUUGGACUUUGACCCUUUAAUUCCCGAUGUUACCUCCUUCCAGAUGAGGCUAAUAUGAGUUAUGGACGAACCUUACGAAGUAGCACAUAGCUAUAGAUUGUUUUGCCACGUUGUGUUUAUGUCAGUGUACAGAUUUUUGUUAAAUUUAAAUUUUUGAAAA